AUGAAGACGCACCCCGUAUUUUACGUGGGUCGUCUGAAGCGGUAUGUGGAUCCACAGGAAAUGACAUAUCCGCACCUGUCUAACGAGACCGAUGGUGACGCCGACUGUGAGUCGAGCGUCGUUGCCGAGGAGGCGACGGGGAAGACGGAUAGCUUCUUGGCGUCGAGUGACUCUCACACGGCGAAGGUAGAGGACUCGGUAAUCGAGGAGGACUCCGCGCUUGGCGCGCGUCUCUCAGCGCCAGUCGCUCUAGCAAGUUCACGCAAACCUUCAGGCGGUCAUACCCCUGACGGUCCUUCGUCCUCACAUCACGAAGACCCGAAGUCAGUCGCCAGACUUGACUUUCGAGAUCAGUCACCCGCUUCUUCAGCGCAGCGUUUUCCACCUGCGUCUGAAUUGCAGCAGGGUAGGCGGCCGCAAAUAGGUGGGCGUAAUCGUCACUCCUAUCGGGCGCCACCUGUGUCGGUGGACGCGGCAGGAAAUAAGCGCUUCCUUGUUGGAAGGCUAUUGUCCCACCGCUCUGUGAAGCAGAAGCUUUAA